CACAUUAAUAUGUAUCCCAAUAACUGGACAAACAGACUAUUUAUUUAGAAUACAAAACAGGAAACAGCCUAAAAUAAUCGAACGAGUUUUCGACUACUAAUGCCUGGACGUACAUCAGCAGCGGACGAUUUCCUCCAUGAUUCAGUCAGGUCUGAGUUCUGAGAGCUGUUUAACAUGUUGUCUUCCUCAGACAGCCUCACAGAAAUUCAGCGACGGAUAGAUGAAGUCAAGCGUUUUCUAUCUAUAACUCUGAGCAUCGCCAACGCUCACACUGUGGAGUUUUACACUCACGACGUGUGGAAACGAUUCGUGGCCGUGCCACCAGAGGAGGUCUUGUUAGCCGUUAGCUUCGGUAGUGACCAGCAGGGGGAGCCAGAGCUCAAAGGAAAAGAGCAGUCCAGGACCACAUUUGGGUUUUGCAGUGAUACAAACCGGCUGGUUGAUACCCAUGAACUUUUGCAGGCAGCCAAGGCCCACUCGCUUCCAGGCCUUGGAGUUUGUUGGAGCAGGGAUGAGCUACUGCAGGCCCUGAGAGAGAGCAGGUCUGAGCCUGGCGCUCCACCAGCAGAGAAAGGGACCAAGCUAGAGCCAGAUGAGUUUAUGAACUCCAAAAAAUCUCAUGAGGUCCAGUCCAUGUCUGAGGUGGUAGCCUGUUUGGCCCAGCGCUGUGGAGUCAAGCAGGUGAUAGAUGUGGGCUCAGGGAAAGGCUACCUGAGUUCUUUCCUGUCCCUGCAGUAUGGUCUCCGGGUCUACGGCAUCGACUCCUCCAGCACCAACACCCAUGGAGCCCAGGAGCGGAACAGGAAGCUGAAGAAGUUCUCCAGGUCAUACCAGAAACACACCAAGGCGCUACGGGCACAGGGACAGGCCACACAUUCACCUCAGGAGGAGUUUGCAGAAAUAAAGCCUGGACUGACUGGAGAGAAUGAUAUUUUAUUUGGUGCUGGGGGAGGAAUCGUGUCACAGGAGGAGGAGGUGUUAAAUGUAUUAUCAGAGCCAGAUCCAGAGACAGAGGAGCUCUUCCUUAGCGCCCUAUCAAUGGAUGUGAUACAGACUACAUCCCCCAGAAUUCCCCCCAGUGAGCUGAGUGCUGAGGAGAGGGAGCGGAGGAAGAGGGAGAACCUGGAGAGGAAAGCUCUCAACAGAACCGACAGCGCCAGCACCAUGUUUUCACCCCUCACAUCUUACGUUACUGCGGAAACGGAGCUCAGAGAGCUCAUCAACGAGCUGGAGGAUGCGGUCAUGGUCGGCCUGCACACGUGUGGCGACUUGGCUCCCAGCACCCUGAGGAUGUUUGUGGCUAAACCAGAGCUGGCGGCAGUCUGCAGCGUGGGCUGCUGCUAUCACCUGCUGUCUGAGGAGUUUGACCCUGCCGGACAGGAGUGUUCGUGCACUGUUUGCGGUUUCCCUCUGAGUCAGUACCUCCGUGACCGGUCGUGGUUCUGCGGCAGGAACGCCAGGAUGUCUGCGUGUUUGGCACUCGAGAGAGUUUCACUUGGCCAAGGGAUUCAGAUGGAGUCUCUGUUCUACCGGGCAGUCCUUCAUGUUAUUCUGAGGGACCACUACAGCUCCUAUAAAAGUGAAAAGCGAGUUGGGAACGUCUACUCCAAGGCUAAAUCGUUCGUGGACUACGUUCGCCGAGCACUACGCAGACUGGAACUGGAUGAAUUAAAGCUUUCUGACAGCGACAUCCAAGAUUACCUCGACGCAUACAGACCACGAAUGGGCGAGAUGCAUGCCUUUAACAUGCUGAAAGUGAUCCUGGCUCCCUGUAUUGAAGGUCUGAUUCUCCUGGAUCGCCUGUGCUAUCUGAAGGAACAGGAGAACCUAUCAUUCUCAGCACUGGUGCAACUCUUUGAUCCCCUGCUGUCGCCGAGAUGUUACGCUGUCGUCGGGCUGAAGAGUUAUGGAAACAGAAUUACAAGCUGAUGAUAUGCACAUGAUUAUAAUAAACUGACUGAGGGGGUCAUGAUUAUACAUGAUCACCAAUUAUCCUUUAAAAAUC